GUGUUGUUGUCGCCACACGAUUUUCGUCGAUACACAUUUCUUUUUUUAUUGGGUCUGUGGAAGCGGACCACGGUACAAUAGUUUGCAAAAUGUUAAAGGGCAGCACAUUAAAGGCAUUGGAUGUGAGAAUUUGGCAGCGCUUCAUUGAAACAAGCUGUCAGCAAAAACGAUCGUAUGUCAAUGGCAUCCAACGCACCUAUAUAACGUUCAACGAUCUGCGCAACAAAAAUCGCUUUUACGCGAAAAAGGAGCUCGUCGGCUACUCCAUGCAGAACAUGUACAGUGUGGUUUCCGAUGUCAGCAACUAUUACAAAUUUGUGCCAUACGUGAAGCGCUCCCAUGUCCACAGCCGGGACAAUGCCGGAUUCAAGGCAGAUUUAAUUGUCGGCUUCCCACCGCUCAACGAGGCGUAUACGUCACGGGUGACGCUGCAGCCGACGACGCUGGUGAAAUCGGAAUGUCACGAUGGACGAUUGUUUAACUAUCUAUUGAACGAAUGGCGUUUCAGUCCCGGCCUCAAGGAUAUACCAAAUUCGUGUGUACUCGACUUUAAGGUCGCUUUUCGGUUUCGUUCUCUAUUACACAGUAAUAUAGCCAACCUAUUCUUCGAUCUGAUAUGCGAUCAAAUGGAGAAUGCGUUCAUUCAAGAGGUGCGACGACGCAGUGGACCUCCCUCGAUUCGUUCACAUGUCCUCGAAUCGAAACGAUGCUGACAAAGUUAAUCUAAUGGCUUAGUUGUACUAAUAUAUAAGUUAGAAAAAAAAACAUGUACAGAUUUGCGUUCAUAUAUACUUAUAUAUAUAUAUUUUUGUUACAACAAUUAAACAGAUUGUAAAUAAACCAAAUAACACAAGA